AUGGCGACGGCAGUGAGGAGCACCGGAGCGGACCCUUGGGACAGCACGACCGCUUCUAUACCCGCCAACCUGCCCGCCAACCCGCAGAUAAGCACGCUUCGGCGCACGACAUGUGAUGUUUGCCGCGAGCGAAAGGUUCGGUGCGACCGCACGAAGCCCGAGUGUCUCCGCUGCAGACGCUCCGGCGCCGUCUGCGCCUACCCUUCCCCAGACGCGGAUGCAGCGAAGAUUCAGCAGACCCUGCAGAGCCUCUCCAAGCGCCUUGAAGAUGCUGAGAGCAGGCUCCAGUCCAGCCAGCCUCCGGCACAUGGUGCGACGCCUAUUACGGCCUCUGGGGGGCAGAUGAUGGACUUCAGUAUCGUCGACUUUCCUGGCCUCGGGUUCUCGGCCGAGGGAGGGGAUGACGCCAAUUUCCAAGCCUGGGAUCAGCCAAUGAUUGAUGAUUUUGGGGGCCAUUUCGGUGGCUCGGGCAAACUGAGCAGCACCGUCAGCGUGUCCCCGCUGCCCUACGGCACGCUCUCUGACAGCGUUCCCACCCCGAUCGAGACAGGAACCACAACAGCAACCACAGCCAACUCGUCACGAGCCUGUACUAUUCCACAGGAGCUGGGCCACGGGCAGGUCGACCAGCCGAGUCCUCCUGAAAAUGGCUUUGGCACUUUGCCCGUAUCUCCUGAGACAUGUGCACGACUCUUUGAAGCCUAUUUCGACGUCGUCCAAAAGCAUCUGCCCCUGAUGAGCAAGAGCGCUUUCUACCGCACCUUACAACAGUCUCCAGACAAGCACCAGACGUUGGCCCUGAAAUAUGCCGUGUGCAUGGCCGGGGCCCAGGCAGAGAGGGAUUCGUUCCAGUUCAAGGAGCAAUGCUACAUCGCAGCACGGCUCCACCUGGAGCAGGCCGAGCUCGGCUCCGGCGCCUCGUCGUUCUGGAACGCCGAGGCCGCGCAGGCCCUCGUGCUCGUGGCUCGUUUCGAGUUCGAGCACUUCACCUCCCCGCGCGCGAUGGUCACCACGUCUCGGCUGUUCGCUCUCAUGUCCGUUUUAUGCCAUCAGGAUAUCUCCGGCUCGGAAAAGGAGCAGGGCGAGGAUGAAGAGGAGCCGAAUCUGCUCAGGAUGGUGAUGCUCGUCAGCCUGUCUAUGAAGUUCCGGGAAACAGGGGUCCUUGGAAACAGCAAGUUCAAGCCGCCCUCAGUGUCCAACAUCUAUGAUGACAUCGACCUGGACCGCCUCAAGAUCAACCUGCUCACAACAUCACGCAGCGUCCCAGAGAACGACGCAUUCGGCGUCCUGUGCGUCGCCCUGAAGAUCGCCAGCGACGCGGAGCAGCACGACCGCAUGACCACCACGGCCGUGUCCGGGGUCGACCUGCCGGCCUUCAACUUCUGCCGCACCCAUGAGCGCCUCGAAACGAAGAUCGGGACUAUCGUGACGCAGUGGCUCACCUCCUCGCCCUCCUCCGCGCUCUCCUCGGGCCCCCACUGCGAACUGCGGGUCUUGGCCCUGCUCGUUGCCCUCGGAACGAGGAUUCAGCUCUUCAACACGGCUGUCUACCAUGGCGGGAGGUCAAAGUUCCUGCAUACCAUCACCUACGAAUGCCGCGAAGAGAGCGUCUCCAGCGCCAUUGACAUCAGCGACUUGUUGUGCUAUGCUGAAGUCCUCCGCCCAGAUAAGAUCACGAUAUACCGAGAAGCAAGCUUCUACAUGAUGCCUCCUCUCCGGCUGGCCGCCGAGGCCCUCGUGGCCGUCCUCCAGGCGCGCGGCCAAGACAGCGCGAGGCGAAUCCCACACGGACACCUCGAGGUCCGCCAGUCGCUCAAGACGAUACUCCAGGUGAUGGACGCAUGCAAGAACGAGGCUGGCUCGUACAACGACUGCAUAGGGAUGGUCCGAGCCUACCUGGGGAGCUUGGAGGAGACGUCCACGCCGCUGCGAACGGGGUUCUCGGCAAGCUCCUCCCUGGGAAAGAAGUAG